CUUACAACGCCUAUACCCUCCUCUCCUUGUUAAAGCGCACUGGGAAAUGGCGUCAUCUUUGCGAAGGCAAAUGAAGGAGGAGAGAUGUUCCGUGUUGCGGUCUUCAAUGCAGUGUGUCAUCGAAUAUUCAAUGCGGCCGUGGCUGCGUGACAGUAUAUGAGAGCCUUUUUCUUCAAAAACCUCCCCUAGGGGCCCACCAACCCUGCAUACUCCAAAACUCGGAAAUUUCCUGCAACUACAGCACUUCUGAGGUUUUCUCACAACUGCCAUCAAUAACCAGUCAGCAUGGCUCUAAAAGAGCUUCGAGCGUGGAAGUGCCAUGGAUGCAACACCAUAUACGAUCUCCACAACGACGGGCAAGAGAAGUGUGCGACGUCCAGCUGCAGCGCCUUCGGAGAUUGCCACGCUAUGAUUCGAUAUUACCCGUGCAGAUACUGCGACUAUCUGACGGUGUAUCAGGAUCCCGGACUUUGGGGUUUGCCGAAGAUUUGAGCGGUGGAAAUACGGAUCAGGCACUGAAAGUGUUCUGGAUGACCCAUGGCUAUGCAAUGUAAGGACGUUCCUUCUUACCAUACUAUCACCUUAAAUAUGC